AUGAGCAUCAUCAACAUCACCGAUGUCACCGUCCUGAACAACCCCGCCAAGUUCACAGACCCGUACCUCUUCAAAAUCACGUUCGAGUGCAUGGCCCCGCUCCAAGACGACCUCGAGUGGAAGCUCACGUACGUCGGCAGCGCGGAGAGCGACUCGUUCGACCAGGAGCUGGACACGUGCAUGGUCGGGCCGGUGCCAGUCGGCGUCAACAGCUUCGAAUUCGAGGCUGCCGCUCCUCUCCCAACCCGCAUUCCCGCGUCCGACCUGAUCGGCGUAACCGUCAUCCUCCUCACCUGUUCCUACAACGACGCCGAAUUCGUCCGGAUAGGCUACUACGUCAACACCGAGUACUCGGACCCCGAGUUGAAGCGCCAGCACGACGCGAGUCUCGAGGAGGGCGCGGAGGAAAAGGGUCUGAAGGCUCCCAACCCGCUGGAACAUGUCGAGGCGAUGCAGAGGAAUGUGUUGGCAGACAAGCCGAGGGUCACAAAGUUCAACAUCCAGUGGGACACCCCCGCAGCAGUCCCAACCAUCUCCUCCAUCGACCCCAUCUCCGCGCCCGCCUCCCAAGCCCUCGCAGCAGACUCAGGCGCCUCGUCCGCUCCUCCACCGCCCUUCAACCCGUACGCCGCGGCUGCAUAG